UAAUGGAUUAAGACAAAGAUCUUCUCACUUAAUCAUUAAUUUUUAAUAUUGCCAAUAAUAAAUAAAAAGAGCAAGAAAUCUUUUCCUUCGUAAUUGAUGGAAAAUUGACUUCAUUAGAGAAUUGGAUGCAUUAAUUCAAUAAUGUCGAGGAAAUAAUAAAUUCAAAAGAUUCAGAAGGUAAAACACCAUUAUUUUAUGCAUGGUAUUUAAUUAUUAUAUAUAGUUAUUAUAACUUCAAAAAUAUAGUCAUGUAUUUACUUGUGAAAGGAGCAGAUCCAUUUCUAACAUCUAAAUCAGGGUUUAAUGUAUUUCAUGUUUGUGCUUAAAGAGGUCAUUUUGAAUGUCUUUAAAUACUCUUUUAAAUGUUUAGACAUAGAUAAAAUAUAUUGAAAUGGGAAGAAUUAAAAAUAACAAUGAAAAAGUAUUAAUUUAAAAAAUCUGACUCAUAAAAAGGAUAAUUAAUUAAUGCAGAUAAACAUUUAAAAUAAGUUCAAUAAAGAUUCUAAUAAUUUUAAACAAUUGUUAGUGAAUAAUAUUAAUAAUUUUUAGAUUAAAAUCUAUAAUAUUUUAAUAGAGUGAAUGCUACUAUUGAUUAAUUUUAAAGAAAUCCAAUACAUUAUGGCAGUUUAUCUAAAUAUACUAAAUGUUUUUAAUGUAUUAAAUAAUUGGCAUAAUUUGAUUUUGAAUCUUAAGGAUGGGAUUUAUUUUAUGAUAUAUUUAUGGAAAUAUAAUUAUUAGUGUAAACUUCAGAUAAUAAGAUUGAUCCAAGAUAAUAUAAAAAUUAUCGUGAAAUGAUAUGUAAUUUCUUAAAUUAAUAACUUCUUUAAUAAAAACAAACUAAUUUUAUGUCUAAUAUUAAGAAACUAUAAAAAGAAAUUGUUAAUUAAUAAGAUAGAGAUGGAUAUGUAAUAUUAAUUAUAAUUUAAGACACCUAUGCAUUUAGCCUCUUUUGCAGGGGAUUUUGCAGCUAUUCAAUUUAUGUUAUAAUUGGGAGCAGAUCCAAAAAUCAAAUGCAAACGAAAAAUUAGAACUCCUUUGGAAUAUGCAUCAAAUGAUUCUGUAAGAAAAUAUUUAAUGGAUCUCAAUAAUGCAGUAAAAGAAGGAGAUGAUAAGAGUUUUACAUUAUUAGUAAAUUGUGGAUAAAGAGUUAAUGGAAAAUCAACAAUUUAUGGAAUAACUCCUGUUCAUAAGGCUAUUGAAUAAACUCAUAAAUCAUCUAAUAAAACUAUGUUAAACAAAGUUUUAGAAAUGGAUGCUGAUGUAAAUGUUAUAGACACAAAUGGAUGGACUCCAUUACAUCAUGCUGCUUUUUAUGGGGAAUUAUGGGCCAUAAGUACUUUAAUAGAAAGAGGAGCUUAUCAAUAAAUAUCAUCUAAUAAAGGAUACUAUCCAAUACAUGUAGCAGCUCUAAAUAAUUAAGCUAUGGCUGUUUAAUUAUUAAUAGAGAAAGGAGUGGCUAAUUAAGAAAGUUUUAUCGAUUUUUAGGAUAAUCAAAAUUGCACUCCUAUGCAUUUAGCAGCCAAAAAAGGUCAUGAUUAAGUUGUCAAAGUGUUAUUUGAAUCAGGAGCAAAUAUAUAUUCAGUUGAUAAAAGAGAUUGGACUCCUUUGCAUUAUGCAUCAUUUUAUUAAAAUAGAAAUGUUGUUCAUUUAUUAAGUAGGUAUGAUGCUGACGAAGAUCGAUAUUGUGCAAUGAGAACAAGUAAAGGAUAAACAGCUGAUUAGAUGACUACUGAUUCUGAAGUCAAGUUUGCAUUUAAGAGUUUUAUUUAAUUUUAAAUUUAGCAUUAUGGAGUGCUGCUAGAGAUGGAGACUUAGAUACAGUUAGAAAGUUAGUGACAUUAAAUCAUCCAAUAAAUGAAUAAAGUUAUGGAAAUAAAUUUACACCUUUGAUAUUAGCUACAAGAGGGAGUCAUUUUCUUAUUGUAAAGUAUUUAUUAUCAGAAAAUGCCGAUAAAACACUCAAAGAUAAAUGUAUUAUAAUAUUUUAAUAUAGAUGGCAAUAGCGCUUUGGAUUAUGCAGAAAAAUAGGCUAAUUAAAAGAUAAAAGAAUUAUUAUAAUAAUAAUAAUGA